CAAACAACUCACAAGGACCAGGGCUCCGUCAUGCGCGUUGAGCUUUCUCUAGGCAUGAGCGUGUCUCACGGCGCGGUCAGGCGCAUGAGCAAAGCGGCCCGCGAAGCCGGAAGUAUCCAGUUGCUGCAGUGUGGUGGGGCUGCAUCUCUUGCUGUGGGGUGGGCGCGUGACUGACAUGGCGCCCUCCGGGAGUCUCGUGGUUCCUUUGGCAGUCCUGGUAUUGUUACUUUGUGAGGCUCCCUGGAUCCACGGGCGGCGGAGCGACGUGCGCAUCAUCACGGACGCGAACUGGAAAGAGUUGCUGGAAGGAGAGUGGAUGAUAGAAUUUUAUGCUCCAUGGUGUCCUGCUUGCCAGAAUCUUCAACCAGAAUGGGAAAGUUUUGCAGAGUGGGGAGAAGAUCUUGAGAUUAAUGUUGCAAAAGUAGAUGUCACAGAGCAGCCAGGACUGAGUGGACGAUUUAUCAUAACUGCUCUUCCUACUAUUUAUCAUUGUAAAGAUGGUGAAUUUAGGCGCUAUCAGGGCCUAAGAACUAAGAAGGACUUCAUAAACUUUAUAAGUGAAAAAGAGUGGAAGAGUAUUGAACCUGUUUCAUCCUGGCUUGGUCCAGGUUCUGUUCUGAUGAGUAGUAUGUCAGCACUCUUUCAGCUGUCUAUGUGGAUCAGGACUUGCCAUAACUAUUUUAUUGAAGACCUUGGAUUACCAGUUUGGGGAUCAUAUACAGUUUUUGCUUUAGCAACUCUGCUUUCAGGAUUAUUGUUAGGACUUUGUAUGAUAUUUGUGGCAGAUUGCCUUUGCCCUUCAAAAAGGCGCAGACCACAACCAUACCCUUCAAAAAAAUUGUUACCGGAAUUUUCUCAACCUUUGAAAAAAGUGGAGGAGAAACAAGCCGGUGAAGAUGUUUCAGAAGAGGAAGGUGAAAGUAAAGAACGAACAAACAACAAAGACUUUCCGCAGAAUGCUGUGAGACAACGUUUUGUGGAUCCUUCGUUGACCACGGAUAAAUCUUAAUUAAUUUUUAUGAAUAUCUUAAUGUUACAAUUUUGACAAAAACAGAAGAUUGAUAAUUUCUUUUGGAGCAAACUGUGACUUCUUUUGCAAGGGUCAGUCUAGAUUGUCAUUAGAUUGAACAAUCUACCUUCAGAAAAAUAAAAGUAGCACUAAGUAUAAAAGUUUGAAAUACGAUUUAAGAACAGUGUGGUGGUAAAAAUCUGGUGCCAAGCAAUAAAAUUUGAAUAUGUUUGUUUAAUAAUAACCUGGUUCAAGUCUGAGUUGAGAAUUUACAUUUCCUAAGUACUGCAUUGUUGAGGUAUUUAAGGAGAGAUGUACUAAUGAAUUUACGUUAGGGAAAAGGAUUUCAUUUGAUAUAAUUUUUCUCAGUUUCACUGUGUGAAAAAAAGAACGUAUUUCCCAUAAAUGGGAAUUUUGCCCAGUGUCUCAAGAAAUGUAUAUUUCACUGACAACUCUAUGAUCUUUUUAGAGAUAUAGUCCAAAAUUUCCUCAUGUUUUUAGAUUAUGCAAUUGAUAAAAACUACCUUAAUUUAAUUAUAGUUUUCUAUGCAUGGAUAAUUAAUACAGGAUAUGCUACUGAUUUAGGAAGUGUUUAUAAAUCCAUGGUGUUGUCUUAAAGGUUGAUGAUUGCCUUUUUUUGUCCCUCUGUUCAGUGUAUAGUUUUUUAUUUUCCAAAUUGAAUGAUAAUUUCCUGGAAAUUUUCAUUUUUUGGUACACAGUACUUUUUUGUUGGUUCAAAUUGAUAAGGUUUACUGAGGGAUACUUGAAAUUGAAGAAUUGUGUACAGAUAACUUUUAAAUUUGGCUACUCAUCUCAGAUUUUACAUCAUUCUUGUUGAACCUCUACUUCUAGUUUUUUCUUUUUUCUUUCUUUGAAGGUGAACAUUCCUGGUUUUUAUUUGGUGUUGUGGAAAAGUUUUGAUGUUUUACAUUUGAAAAAAUCACAGAGGCUUAAAUUGAUGAAAAAUAAAGUUUGUAUUCUACUCAGGAAAGUGCACCUUAUAGUAUAUGUUUUCAAUGUAUAUUUGUCUCCCUAUACAGAAAGUUCUUAAUUGAUUCUACAAAGUCAGUAUAUGAUUGAUGUUUUAAAAUUAAAACAUUUUUAUGUUUUUGAAAAGACACUCCACCUUCUGUACUUUCCUUGACUGCUAACAACAUGUGAUAUUUCAUAUAUACAUAUCAGCAAGAUGGAACGUUUGAUGUAUUUUCACACCAUAAAGAGUUAGAAGACAGUUUUUCACUUUACAGGAAAGAAGGGGAUAAGGCGAUGGUCAACUGCAUUAAUCACAAGAAGAGGAAAGAGCAUAAAUAUUCAGAAUAAAUCACCUGUCCUUUAUGUAAUAGACAUUUUCUGUAAUGUCUCCUUUCUUCUAGGUUUUGCUGUUUUGUGAACCCAUUACACUUACAGUAUAAUGUACAACAGUUUUCUUUAAAGUUUUCUUCUUUAGAAUGUUAUUCUCCUGUUGAAAAGUCUGAAUGUGUAAUAAGUUUGUAAUGCCUCAGAAAAAUAUUCCAAGCAUGAAAUAAACUUUUCUGAGCACUUUAAUAAAGCUGAC